UACUAAGCUAAUUACUGAAGGUUAUAGUAUAUUAAAUGAUCAAGAACUUGCAACUAAAGGGAACGAUAUGGAGUUAUUUCACUUCUUAUCCGCAGGCCCUCUCGUUAUUAAUUUUGCUCCUCAAAAAUUACUUCAAAAUAUCAUCAAUGAAAUGAAAGAUUUAAUUAACAAUAAAAACCUUUCCCUCCCCGUCCAAAACCUACUUACGAAGAUACAGUACAUUAUAUUCAAGGGCACAUGAGGAGUAUCCGCCAAAAGAUGGUUACGAAAAUAGUCGUCAACUAAACGUGGUAGUCAGAGCAAUACUGAUUCAUCCGGAUUUAGUACUUAUAUGAAAAAAAAAUCGUCUAUCAUGAAAUUUGUAACGAUGUUAACGAACUCGUUAUGCAAGGCGCUCUUUUAAUUUUAUUCCCUCCGACCCCCACCAAGCGAUUGGGAAUUAAAUUUAAAUUGACUGAUACUGUCAUGGAGGAAGCAUUUCAUUUAUUUGAACAUAGAUUAAGUGAAAUUGGUAAUAUUUUGAUAAGCGCAUUUCAUGUAAUUCGUAAAGAAUCUAAAUUAGCGAUUGCUUUGAACUUUUAUACGUUGGUUUCAAGUUGGAUGUUAAAGAUGUUGACCCAAUUAAAUCUACCAAGAUUAGAAUUAUCAGUUCAUUCAAAUUUAUAUUAUUGGAUUCUUAAAACUUAUGGACCAGAUUCUAGAAAUACUCAAAGAUGUGAGGAUAUCAUUGAAUCCAGAAUUUGGGUAGAUUUAAAAUUACAAGAAUCACGUGCCAGAACAUCUUACAUACAUCAUGUACUUUUAAUACUUAUGUCAAUUAUGUGGGGCUAUCAUGAAAUUUGUAACGAUGUUAACGAACUUGUUAUGCAAGGUGCUCUUUUAAUAUUAUUCCCUCCAACUCCACAAGCGAUUGGGAAUGUCCUGGUGUCGUGCUAUCGUUACUCGAUUAAAAUCAACUUAUUGAUCUUGUGUUUAAUUUGACUGAUAUUGUCAUGGAGGAGACAUUUCAUUUAUUUAAACAUAGAUUAAAUGAAAUUAACGAUACCUUAGUCUUAUUUCAAGUUGAAAAUGUCUUGACAAUUUACUACCAAUAUUUUUUAACGCAAAACUUGAUAAUUGUACAUAGAAUAGUAGAUACUAAGUCCAACAAUUUAUUAUACUUGAACAAUUUAAUUUUGGUUGAUUAAGACUAGUAGAUAAAAAAUGAAAUAAUUCCAUAUCGUUUCCUUUAGUUGCAAAGUUCUUGAUCAUUUAAUAUAAGAUAGUUUAGUAAAAAUUAGUAAGGAAGAUUACCACAAUUUCUUUUAUUAGUUAUCUUUACAAAUCUUUUUAUCACGAAGUGACAA